AUAUGUUGACAAAACUUUUUUGUAUUAUAUUACAUGUUUUUUUUUGGGUUCGUAGUAUAUUCCAUGUGCAAUUAUAGUAUAAUAAUAUCUUGUCGCUCUAGGUUGAUAAAAUUAGUACGUAGUGUAUUACAUCACAUUACAUGUUGCAAUUAUAGUAUAAAAAUAAGAGUAAUGUGUUGGUCUAUAAACUGAAUCAAAUUCUGAAAUACACCAAAACAAAAUUUUCAUUUGCAGGUGUAUGGCUUCUUCAAUAAAUAACCGUAAAGCAAGUGAAAUUUUCAAAGCACAAGCUCUAUUAUACAAAAACAUGUAUGCUUUCAUAGAUUCCAUGUCUCUUAAAUGGUCAGUUGAAAUGGACAUACCAACUAUUAUCUACAAUCAUGGCAAACCAAUUACUCUUUCAAACUUAGUUUCAAUUCUUCAAAUUCCAUCAACCAAAGUCGAUAACGUGCAGCGUCUCAUGCGUCUCCUUGCACACAAUGGAUUCUUUGAGAUAGUAACGAAUCAAGAAUUGGAAAAUGAAGAAGAAGCUUAUGCUCUCACAGUUACUUCAGAGCUUCUUGUUAAAGGGACUGAACUUUGUUUAGCUCCAAUGGUUGAGUGUGUUCUUGAUCCUAAAUUUAAUGUUUCAUUUCAUAAUUUCAAGAAGUGGAUUUAUGAGGAAGAUCUCACCCUCUUUGCUACCUCUUUAGGAUGUGAUUUAUGGGAGUUUCUUAACAAAAAUCCUGAAUAUAAUAGAUUGUUCAAUGAUGCUAUGGCUAGUGAUUCCAAAAUGAUUAAUUUGGCAUUGAAAGAUUGCAAUUUUGUGUUUGAGGGGUUGGAUUCAAUUGUGGAUGUUGGUGGUGGAAAUGGAACAACUGGUAAGAUUAUUUGUGAGACAUAUCCUAAGUUGAGAUGUGUUGUUUUUGAUCGUCCAAAGGUUGUAGAGAAUUUAUGUGGAAGUAACAAUUUGACAUAUGUCGGUGGGGACAUGUUCAUAUCUGUUCCUAAAGCUGAUGCAGUUCUGCUUAAGUGGAUUUUACAUGAUUGGACGGAUAGGGAUUGCAUAAAGAUAUUGAAGAAAUGUAAAGAAGCUGUUACAACUGAGGGGAAAAGAGGAAAAGUGAUUGUGAUAGACAUGGUAAUAAAUGAAAAGAAAGAAGAGAACGAACUUACUCAAAUAAAGCUCCUAAUGAAUGUAACAAUUUCAUGUCUAAAUGGAAAAGAGAGAAAUGAGGAAGAAUGGAAGAAACUCUUCAUGGAAGCAGGCUUUGAAAACUACAAAAUAUCUCCUUGUUUGUUGCUCUUCUCCGAUUCGUCAUCCCUUGGAUUUGCAUUAUUGGGUUGAUAUUACAGAAUCUGGAAUUGGUUCGUUUGGUGGGCUUCAUUGCAAGUCGUUUCGCGCAACUUCAGCUUUGUACCGUUAAUUUUCCGGGUUGUUGCUUCAUUGUUCCACUGUUAUGUGUUAACUGAUGUUCGAUGCUGUUUCUUUGAAAGUGUGUAUACAAUCUGUGGUUGGUGUUCCAGAUCUGUUGAGAUUUACAGGUUUUAAGGUUAAGGUCUACCUCCUUCGAGCAGGUGUCGCUUUAAUAUCCGUAUUUGUCCUCGUGAUUGAUUUUAAACUGUUUUGAUAUCCUCGUUCUUCUAUCUAUUUGAUGUUGGAUUGUUUGUCUGUACAGAUCGUUUGUGUGUUGUUGUUUUAGGGGGUUGUUGGUUCUUGCAUCCAUUCUGUGUUGACGGUCGGUCAAUUCUCUUGUCUAUAGACCUUUGAUUAGUACUCUUUUGAUGCAGGUUGUUUUCUGCAAGGUUUCACCACGUUUGGCUGCGUUUUCAAGGAUGGUCCAUAUAGUGUAUAUUUCUCAGCCUGCAAGAAGGAGGAAGUGAGUACUGAACCUGUUCUGGCUGAAGCUCUAGCUACCCGUUGGUGUCUUCAUUUAGCAAAGGAAAAAGGUCUUCAAGAUGUUAUAAUUCAAUCUGAUGCUCUUGCUGUUGUUAAGUGUUUUAGAGGUUCUAACUCUCUUGCUAGUAUUGAUUUGAUAGUCUUAGAUUGUAAGGCCCUUAUGAAAGAUUUUAGUAGUGUGUCUGCUAACUAUGUUUGUAGAAACUUAAAGCUCAUAGACUUGUUGGCCAUGCUAUGCAAGCUGGUUGCAAUUCCUGGGUAGGAUAUGCCUUUCCUACUGUUAGUUCUGCUAAUGUUUGUAAUGCUACUGUUUGUAACACUUCUGCCAUUUAAUGAAGUUGUUUGAAUUUCAAAAAAAAAAAAA